AUGCUACUCCGACUUCGAGGGCCAGAUGGCAUGAUCCGUAUCAAUAUAGACCAAAAUGAUAGCAUCGGAGAUUUAGGUCGUCAGCUGGUGGCACAGUUGCCGUCGACGGUCGAUGCGAAUACCAUCACCAUGUCCCCUAACCCACAAGCGAAGGACUCGAGGAGGCUUAAAGACAUAGCCAAAGUCAAGCUGGAUCAGAUCGGGUUGAACCACGGUGACCUUAUCUUCAUCAACUAUGAGCAUCUGGGUAAAGAUGUCAACGGUCAUACCAAUGGAGCAUCCACAUCCUCUCAGGCUCUUGCCUCAACUAACCGACUGAAUGGGAAACCUAUUCUACCCUCAGAGAAUAUACCCAUCGAUCCGCCACCUGUAACGUCGCCUAGCAAAACCAUUAAAAACCCCUGGGAAGUUGUGAGGCAAUCAGCUCUUGACGACCGGCUCGACAGGAAAGACGGGAAGAUCCCCCGCGGCCGAGACCGUAUGUGCAAGCACGGUCCUAAAGGCAUGUGUGACUACUGUAUGCCGCUUGAUCCUUUCAACGCCCAAUAUCUUGCAGAAAAAAAGAUCAAAUAUCUAUCCUUUCACUCGUAUUUGCGCAAAAUAAACUCGGCCACGAACAAGCCAGAGCUGGGUAGCUCAUUCAUACCUCCUUUGAAGGAACCCUACUUCAGGGUCAAGCGGGAUUGUCCUUCGGGUCACCCUCAAUGGCCUGAAGGCAUCUGUACCAAAUGCCAGCCCAGCGCCAUUACCCUGCAGCCCCAACCUUUCCGGAAUGUCGAUCACGUGGAAUUUGCUUCAUUUGAGCUUGUCAACACUUUUAUUGAUGCUUGGCGGAAGACUGGUGCUCAGCGAGUGGGUUAUCUUUUCGGGCGGUAUGCCGAGUACACCGAGGUGCCUCUCGGCAUUAAGGCGGUCGUAGAGGCCAUUUAUGAAGUACCCCAGGUAGACGAAGUCGAUGGUGUCUCGUUAAAUACCUGGGGAAAUGAGUCAGAGGUUAACAAGGUUGCCGAGCUCUGCGGUCUUGAGCAGGUUGGUGUCAUCUUUACUGAUUUACUAGAUGCAGGAGUUGGCGACGGCAGCGUAAUUUGCAAGAGACACGCCGACUCCUAUUACCUCUCCUCCCUUGAAAUAUGCUUUGCCGCUCGACUCCAGAGUCAACACCUCAAGCCGACUAAAUGGAGUGACACGGGCAGAUUUGGCUCCAACUUCGUCACAUGCAUAAUUUCAGGCGAUGAGACAGGGCAGAUUGCCAUUUCAUCCUAUCAAGUGUCGAAUGAAGCGAUGGAAAUGGUCCGUGCAGAUCUAAUUGAGCCUUCCGCUGACCCAGGUGUCAUGCUCGUUCGGGAAGAGGAGGAAGACGAUGGAUCAUCAAGCCGUACCCGCUAUAUCCCGGAGGUUUUCUACCGCAAGAUCAACGAGUAUGGAGCAAAUGUUCAGGAAAAUGCCAAGCCGGCCUUCCCAGUAGAAUAUUUGGUUGUGACAUUAACGCAUGGAUUUCCUGCCGAACCUAAACCCUUAUUUAGUACACCCAAUUUCCCCAUCGAGAACCGCGAGAUCAUGGGUGAAAGUCAGCAGCCCAGUGAUGUUGCCAAGACCCUGCGAGCGGGCGGAGACAACCAGCUAAGUUCCAUAUCAGAUUUUCAUCUGCUUAACUACAUCCAUGGGAUGAGUGUCCUAUCCAAGGAAGAGGAAGCCCACCUUUGUAGAUCCGUGACAACCCAUGACCUUACUGGGAUCUAUCAGCUCUUCUCAAUGCCUGGCUGGCAAACGCUAGAAACUAUUUUGCAAGCGACUGGUGAGAAAAUUUCUAAGAAACGCUUUCGUUCAUCAAGUGGCAACGAAGACAACGCGCCCGGCGCUCAAGCGAACGGCGGGGCCACGUCAAGUUCUUCAGCUACCUCUACAACACCGUCAUCUUGUAUUACUUCCACCUCCACCGCCGUCUCACAAAGGUCUGGGGAACCGCUUGCUAAGCGUUUUGCUGCCGUUAGGCUGAGUGAACGAAAUGGGAAUCGACCUAUAUACGACCGUACCCGGUUUGAAAACCUUUGA